AUGAAGGCCGAUUCGGAUUUCCGCAAGAAGGAGUACGAAGCGCAGCAUUUUGGAUUUCUACCGAAGGUGUAUAACGAAAUCAUUGAAUGUUGGGCGAAAAUUGUUGAAAAGGAAUUGAUGCCGGCAUUGCCGCUGGAUGAUGUUGAUGAGGAAAUGAAGGAGCAGCUAAAGACGAGUUUCAUUCAAAUGAUUGGUGAAAAUAACGUAUUGAAUUCGGUGAUCAACAAAACUGAGGAAUAUUUUCACAAUUAUUUUUUCCAUAUACCAAACCAUGUGACACUUCCGCAUGAUCUGCCAAAUUUGCUUCUGCCAAAGAAUUGGACUGCGAAAUCGGCUCUGCAUCGUAUCGAGGCACUACGUAAGGAGAUUAUUGAUGUUGGAUGUAUGCGUAUUCGAUUGUUUUGGUUUCAGCUUCGGUACAGAAUUGCAAUUCUCGAAAAAGAAACCGAAGAUAACGAGUACGCAGAGAAACUGCUCAAUGCCUUGCAGUCGCUCAACAACAGUUCCACUCCAGGCAGUACAAUUGCACCUCAUCGAACUCCUCAACACGAGGAGCCCCCUUUAGCCCAUGAUCAGCCCUAG